AUGUCGCGGAAGAUGCUGGACUUGUCGUAUAAGCUGUGGGCGAUACCACCCUCGAAUCAGUGGCAAAGUGUGCCGGCACUUGAAGGAGUCGUCAGAGUAUUGGAGGAGACGGCAACUACGCUACUUGAGGAAAAUGAGGUUGAAAAACUCGCGGUGGCUAAGCUGCUCAAAAAAGAGGAGGCCAAGGUGUUCGGCAGCGAAUUUGAUGAUGCAGUUGAGGUACUCGUUAUAGUAGUAGAUGAGGCGGUAGCAAGGCUGCUUGAAGAAGCAGAAGUUGAAGCACUCGUCAAAGUAUUAGCAAGGCUGCUUGAAAAAGCAGAAGUUGAAGCACUCGUUAAAAUACUGGGUAAGGUAGUAGCUGAGCUGCUCAAGGAAGAAGAGGCUGAGGCAUUCGAGGUUGGGGCAAUCGAGGCUGAGGCACUCGAGGUUGAGGCGCUCGUCUGA